CUGGUUUCGUCCCGGCGAGUCUUCGGGCUUACAAUGCCCUCCAACAACAGCAACGACACUCCGUCCUCGGUUACGGACCCAGCAGCCAGCAGUGACACUACGACAGCAAGCCAAGCAACUCCUACGGACCCACGCUCGAACCCACAAGACGCCUCCAAUCCCAAGCCAACCGACCCCUUCACAGCCUUCCGCAUAACCGACCCAUCCCCAAUCUCGCACCUCUACACCCAACCCCGCCUCAAAUGCCCACAAUGCAACAAAGGCUACAAAAUAUACUGCCCGCGGUGCGGAAUCCCGCUCGGCCAUGAACCACCGAAAGUCGAGCUGCCGAUUAAGGUGAUAUGCUAUAGGGAUCCGAGAGAGGUAGAGGCGAAGAGCACGUCGGCGCAUGCGCAGAUAUUGGCGAAGGGGAAUGUUACCGUCGUGGUAGAAAACGUGAUACAGUCGCCCGAAACCUCGUCAAUCAGCAGCCUCCCGCACCCCGAAAAGGUGCUUCUCCUCUUCCCCUCACCCACAGCCCUCCCCCUCUCCGAAAUCCCCAACCUGGCCGCCUUCGACCGUCUCAUCGUCCUCGACGGCACCUGGAAGCAGGGCCGCGCAAUGGCAGGCGCCAUCAAAGGCGUGCAAUUCCAGCAUGUGGCGAUACAAGAGCGCAGCACGCUGUUUUGGCGGUAUCAGCCGUUCGGGGAGACGCAUUUGUCAACGAUUGAGGCGCUUUAUUGGUUUUUUAGGGACUAUUUUGAUGCGAUGAAGGACAAAGGGGAGGAGGAGUAUGAUGGGAGGUUCGAUGACCUUUUGUAUUAUUUUAGGUUGCAGUGGGGGUUGAUUCAGGAUGUGUAUAGGGCGGAUACGGGGAAGAGGUUUACGCAGAGGAAGUUGGAUGCGAAGGAUUAUAUUCGGUAUUAG